AUGCAGUCCGCCGAUGCAGUCCAGCAACCCGCUCAGCCAGCGGCCGCAGCGCCGUCGAAGCAGGUCCAGGUCGACUCGAUGACCAGCCGCGUCGACGUGAUCAACACGGAGGCUGGCAGGAUCCUCUGUGUCGCAGACGUACGAGGCGCCAUCUCGACCCUCAACACGCUCGCAGCGGAGCACUCGGCUGUCGCCAUCAUCCACAGCGGAGACUUUGGCUUCUACGAACCGUCGUCUCUCGCCUCCAUCUCCGACCGAACACUGAAGCACCUCGUCCAGUACUCGUCGCUCAUUUCGCCCGCCUUCCGUUCGCAACUUCUCUCGCCCAGCACCUCCCCUUCUCAAAUGCGCGAGCUCCUCGCCAACCCUCCCAAAACCGCCUUCCCGAACGCUUCUCCCUCCGAAUCGCCUGCAUUCGGCCUGAGCGAGUUCCCCAAGCUCCUCUCGGGCGAACUCAAGCUCAACGUCCCCGUUUACACCGUCUGGGGUGCAUGUGAGGACGUCGCCAUUCUCGAAAAGAUCCGCCUCGCCCCUCCGUCCGCCCAAUCCAUCCCUUCCGACCCCUCGACUCUCGCUCCCGCUCCUCCUUCCACCGCAACCCGCCCCUCUUUCGGUACCCUUCCCAUGACUCCUCCUUCUUACUCCAUCCCCAACCUCACCGUUCUCGACGAGGCGACCACCCGCGUCCUUCUGAUCGGCGGUGUUCGCCUGCGCUUGUUCGGUCUCGGCGGUGCGGUCGUCCCGCACAAGCUGUUCGACAACGGUACCGGCACGGCAACUAUUGCUGGCGGCCAGGGUACGAUGUGGACGACAGUUCUCCAAAUUGGCGAGCUCGUUGACACCGCUCAGAAGGCGAGUCCCUCCUCGAAUGUAUUGCUCCUCUGCGAGACUGACCGUGCAACUGUUCUACAGGUCUACGACCCCUCCGAGACUCGCAUCCUCAUCACGCACGCCUCGCCCGGCCGAGAAGGCCUCAUCUCGCAACUCGCACUCGUCCUGAAAGCCGACCUCACCAUCUCCGCCGGCCUGCACUUCCGCUACGGCGUCUCGUACAACGAAUUCUCGGUUCAGCACGACCCGGACGCGUUUCGUAGCAAGCUCGAGUCGUCGCAAAAGAGCUUCAGGGAGAUUUGGGACAACGUCAAGGGUCAGGUUGAGAGCGUCGUCGAUGACAACCAGCGAAGCCUUCUCCAGAACGCCCUCGCAGUCGCCAACCGGAUCCCGACGAGCAACCCUCCCGGCUCGGGCGGCGCUGCGAUCGAGGAAACGGCGUGGAAGAACUGCUGGCACUGGAACUUGCCUGACGCGGCUUAUGGCAGCCUUGUCCUCGAUGUUCGCGAGGGACGGAUCGGUAGCGAGAUGAAGAGCCAGGGCUUCAACUUCGCCUACCGCCAGAACACGCCUCGCCCCGCCGCUGCCGCCUCUCCCGUCCCCGCCAACGCCGCUCCUUCCAGCAACACCCGCCCCAACCUCCCUCACGCUCCUGUCGCCGCUGCCAACGCGACUCCUGCAGCAGCUCCCGUCCCUACCGCUCCCGCCGCCUUCUCCCAGCAGCGCCCCUUCGGACCCGGCGCGAACGGACCCAUCGGCCGCCCUACCCCGCUCGGUAACCACCCUCACCAGCGUGGUCCUUCGGGUCCUCGCGGAGGUGGACGUGGCGGUGGAGGCUUUACCGUUCCCGGCGGAUGGGGACACGCCGGUGCGACGCCUGUCGCGGGCUCGGUCGUCGCUCCUUCGCCUGGACCGGUCAAGGACGAUGCAAAGGCGGGAUCGGCGCAGGCUAAGCAGGACGAGGCGAAGCCUGCUGUCCCGAAUGCCGCGCAGACUCCGGCUCAGCCUGCCCAGCAGCAGCAGCAGCAGCAGCAGCGCCAGCCGUCGGGACGAGGCCCUCGCAACGGCGGUGCGCCUCACCAGCAACAGCAGCAGCAGCAGUCGACUACUCCCGCUCCUGCAACCAACGCGGAGAUUCCUGCUUCGGGCAAGGCGGACAAGGCUGACGCAGCUGGCGCAGUCGCUUCGGCGGACGAGGCUGCGGCGACCGAGUCGUCGGGCGCGGAGGGUGCUCCCUCGACUCCCGGCGAGGGCGGGCGUGGACGUGGACGCGGGCGCGGCGGUCGUGGUGGGCGCGGCAGGUCGAACGGCGAGUGGCGUGGCCGCGGCGGGAGGGGCAAAAGCGGCAGUAUGAGCGGUGCGGAGGGAGGAGCGGAGGGCAAGAGUCCGGCGCCCGCUGCGACUCCGACUUCGGGCGGCGGCGGCGGUGGUGAGGGCGGAUCUGCUUAA